UGAGGCACUCAAGCUGUCACACCACGGCAAGAACAGUACAGACCAUUGUUUUCCUCAAGACACCUGUGGACUUAAUGAUCCUCAACAUUUCACCAGUGACCAGUAUAAAGUCCAGUCAGAUGAAGUUGAAGGUCCAAUAAUUGGUGAUCAUGAAACUCAGGAGUCAGAAGGUGGAGAAGCUGAUCUACACAAACAUCGAGGUAACUGUAAGAAGAAUCCAGGUCAUAAACAGUUUAUACCUGUUGAUACAUUCACCAAGAAACAUUUACCUGGAGUUCUACAAGACAUAGAUUUGUAUGAAUACAUCAAAGCUACAGCUGAUCUGACAGUCAGAGUAGAUGUGAAAAUGUCCAGUCCACGCAGACCAAAGUUUUGGCCAAAGACAACUCAACCAUAUCCAUUUUAUAACAUGAGUGAGAAAAGAAACUUGAGGACAGGAAGUGGAACAGUGAGGUGUGUAACCAAGUUUCAAGAUGGAGUCUCACAAGAUGGAAGAAAUAAAGAUGUUGGCCACACAAAUUGUUGUUGUAGAAAAUGUAAUGUGUCAGAAUCACCCAGCAAUGUGUACUGGACUUUGAAUGUGUUCACAGCCACACAUGUGGUUUUUGAUGACAUUGAGGCCAGUCACACGACCUUGAGAUUGUUUUAUGAUAGAGAUGAUAGUCCAGUAAUCAGUUUAGAUGAGGUCGGUGUUUCAGAAGCAAAUAUUGAGAAUGACUUCUGUAGUUUGUACUGUGUGACAUGUGACGAAACUGUAGGAAAUAAACUGAUGGAAAUGUAUGAACAUUUUUAUAAAGUCUGGUUGAAAUUCUAUAGAAAAUACUUGGAAUCUAGAUCUAAUCACAAGUUGACCUUUAUAGUGUCACAUCCUCAUGGAUGUUCUAAACAGGUCAGUGUUGGUCAAUGGGAGGACAUGUACAAGGUGGGUGAUAGAUCUCAGCUUACUUAUACAACUUGUACAUGUCCAGGAAGUAGUGGAGCAUAUGUUAACUGUCUGGGGUAUAAAAAUAGCUUUUGGACUUGGUCUGAAUGUGUCCACAGUAAAAGUUUAAAGUCUGGAUUAAAUUCCAGUGGAAUUGGUUAUCUCUAGUGGGUUGUUUCCCUUGUGAGUUGUCAAGCUCCACCAUGAAGAUGUUUAUCUUUGAGGACAUGAAAAUAAAAAAAAAAACGUGCUAAUCUCUUAUAUU